AGGUCCUUCAGCAUGACUCUAUGAUCAAUUUCCAGCAGAUGUUGGAAACAACUUGAAGGCACAAAACAGCAACAACGCACGGAUGGGGGUGUACCACAAACCUUGUAAGAGCCACAAUCUAAUAUGCACUUUCAAUAGUAAAAUACAUACAUAUUUCUGGUGAAAAUGCCUUUUUGUUGUGGCAAAAAUAUAUCAGAAUAUAAAAUAACUGUUAUUAUGUGUACUUUCCAGAUGAGCAAUCUGCCAUAGUCAGUAACCACAAGGGAGCACUAUUUCCCUUGAUAUUACACAUUCUUGAUGUUUAUCCCCCAACUUCAGAAACAAGGGCAGAUCUGAUAUAAGUCUGCAAACUUUCUUAUGCUCCUGGUUACUUUUGAACAGCAGAAGAAACAAAGGCAGCCCUUGCCCUUUGGAUUUGGGGAGAGGAAGCCCUUGGCUAAUUUUCAUCUUUUUUUCAAAGCUGACAGGAGAUCCUGGUUCUGGAGGAGGAGCUCUGGCAACACUUGGCAGAUGCCUGUAAACCCUUUUAAAAAAUUACCCAUCCUUUGGCAGGCAGGUAAUAUCAAAGGGCACUAUGGAUUACAAUACCUGAGGAGUGUUUACAGCCUGGAAGAUUAUUUAUGUUUGGUUUUAUCUCUAUAGUCACACAUCCAAGCUAGGAGAAAAGAAACACAGGAACCCUCUCAUUAUCUUUUUGAAAUAUGAAGAUCAGAGAGAAACCUAGGUUUAACGUGCGGAGUGAUGGUCCUAGCAGAAUGCUUAUAAAUUAAAAGGCAUCCUGCCUCUGUAAUAACAGAUCCGGGAGCGGAGCUGGCAUUUAGACAGAAUGGAACACUGGAAUCGUCAUUUCUGAUACCUACAGCUCGGAUGAUCACAAAAUUUAAGAAUAUUAUAUGAAGUGGAGCAUCUGGUCCAUCUGCUUUUUCCAUUGAUGGAUUGAAGAGCAAUAGAAGUGAUUGAUGCACUGCUUCAGAAUGGGAAGCAAUAAAGAUGAUGCCCUAUUGAAUAGAAUCGCAUUUCCAGGACCAGCAUCCCAUGUCACCGGUCCUCAUGGCCUACCGCUCCAAGAACCAUUUGGCGUUCCUUUCCACUUUGAACCUCCAUAUUGGGACCACCAAGCCUAUCACGGAUAUUCAGGACGGUUUUCCUACCUGCCCUUCUCUGGCUACGUAGGGGUCUAUGACUACUCCUUUGAGCCGGCCUUCAUUCGGAAGAGGAACGAGAGGGAGAGGCAGCGGGUCCGUUGUGUGAACGAGGGCUACGCGCGUCUCAGAGACCAUCUCCCCAAGGAGCUUGAGGAUAAGCGCCUCAGCAAAGUGGAGACCUUGCGGGCUGCCAUCACUUACAUCAAGCACCUCCAGAGUUUGCUGGACUACCAUCCUUUAGAGACAAACACAAAACCUGCUAUUCUGGCUGCAACUGAGGCAACAAAGGCACCUGGUCUGAGUUUAAGAAGGGAAUGCAACAGUGAUGGGGAAUCUAAGACUUCAUUAGCUUCAUCCCCUUACAGUGAGUUUGAAGAAGUAUGCAGUUAGGAAACUUCAGGAACCCCUUCGAAAGCCUACAAAUUCAAGACCGUCUCUCUCUUUCUUAGUAUCUCAAAGAACUACAUUGUUUCUGCACUGGCACAGCUUUUCUUGCAAGGACUAAUUCAGUCUCCAGCAAAAGGAAAAGAAAGGUAUCUCAAUUGUACCAUCUGUUUCAUUCUGGGCCAAACUUCAGAUGCUUAUGUAAGGAGAUAACAACAUUGCUCCUAACAUUUUUUUAUUUAUGAUCUUAUUCUGUAUGUAUGUGUCUUGGGUUGAUUAUUAUGACAGCUGAAAUAGUUUUAAAAAAUAUAUAACAUGGUCAUUAAAUGUUGCAAUUUUUAA